CUCAAAAUAAGGUCUAUCUGUCAUACAUCUUGAAGUCGUAGUUGCUGAAAACCAUAUUUCCUGUGGAAUUACUCCCCCCUUGAAUCAUUUCUCCCUCGAAGUACCUGAGAAAAGGAAGACUGUGGCAAGGAGGAGGUUCUGCAUACGCUUCUCCGAAAUGCCAGAGACUUCUGAUGAGUACAUGAAAUUUGGACAACAAAAAGUCGAACGCCAACUUGACAGCAUCAAACAGAUGGAAGAGCCACCCAUGUCUGUGUCAGGAAGUCAGACAAGUCCAGAGUGCCGGCUCAAAUUUGGAUCUAAAACUUGCUGGAGCAGUAUGGAAGGCAUUAGACAGAAGCAGCAGAGACCAUCAGUUCUGCGUCACGUUUCCCCAGUCGCUUACAGGCAACGACGUGAAAGCAGUGCAGCAGUCUCCAUUUGCAAGGAAGAGGUGGAUGCAUGCCAUAUUCUUCAGGAACCUUCACCUCACAUGGGCUCUUCUCCCACAUCGAGCCAUCAUUUCCUCUCCUUGAGGAGGGGAGACAUUCAAAAGCAGACCUCUCUUGAGGCCCGGCUUCAUGACGGCAUCCCACAGGGGACCAGUGUUCUGCUCAUGAGUGGGCUCUGCCGAUGGCCUGGCUGUGAAGCAGUAUUUGAAGACUUCUCUAGUUUCUUGAAGCAUCUUCAUUCUGAACACGGACAUGGUGACAGAAGUAUUGCUCAAUGGAGGGUCCAGCAGGAUAUUGUUCAGUACAUGGAAAGUCAGCUCAUUCUGGAAAAACAGAAACUCAUUGCAAUGCAACUUCAUCUCUCAGAGGACAAAUACUCUGACUCGAAGGCAGCUUCUGAGUGGCAAUACAGCCUUCCUCUGUUCCUGCCGCAGCCUCAGGUUACCAGUGGAGACAGAGUGCAACAGUGGGCCACCAAACAUCUGGAAGAGCUGGUCCAGCAUGGCAGCAGACCUACUGCUUCUGAUCAUCUCCUCCCAGAUUUGGUUCCCAGUAUUGAGUGUUACAAAUACAACAACAUCAGGCCUCCUUACACCUAUGCGUACUUGAUAAGAUGGUCUAUCCUGGAGUCUCCAGACAAACAGCGUACUCUGAAUGAGAUUUACAACUGGUUCACUACCAUGUUCUUCUACUUCAGACAUAAUACUGCCACCUGGAAGAAUGCAGUGCGUCACAACCUCAGCCUUCACAAGUGUUUUGUGCGAGUGGAGGGAGGAAAGGGAGCUGUGUGGACAGUAGAUGAAAUGGAGUACCAAAGGAGGAAGGGUCAGAAGUAUCAGAGGGAUUGCCCCGUGAAGUGGCUCACAGCCUACUCCCAUUACUCUCCUGGAAACCCCUGAACACCAGCGCUGAGCUGCUCACAUCCAGAUAUCAUCAGAUAACAAGCAGCAGGAAGAACAUCUGGAGGAUGAAGAAUCUUUGAAGUUUAUCUAGUUUGUGUUCAGAUUGAAGACUUGAUUAUGAUUUAUAGGUUAUUACAUUA